AAACAUUGAAUGCUUAUUGCUUAUCACAUAGCCAUACGACAUUUUUGAAUUUUUCGUUUAAUAAUGAGUUUUGCGAGUAAUUAUUAAAAUUAUUGCUGAAAAAAAGAUGUCUGAAGAUCUUAAUGAUGAAGAAAAGCCAACAGAGACAUCCUCCUCCUCUGAAGAAGAAGACGAGAAUGCCAAGGAAUGGACUGAUGAAAUUGAGAAAACAUUUUUAAAAACCUUAUCUUCUCUAAAGAAGAAAGAUCCCAAAAUAUACGACGAUAAAGUUAAAUUUUUCAAAGAUGAACUAAUUUCCUCGAGACAUCCGCCAGCUCCAAAAGAAGAACAUCUCUACUUGAAGGAUUAUGAACGGAAAAUUAUUCUUGAAAAGAAUGGAAUUUUGACGGAUGAAGAAAGCGAUGAUGAAAAGGCUGUUGAAAUUGCCAAUGAGAGAGCUCAAUCUCCUACUUACGUCGAAGAACAGCGUAUUUUGAAAGAAAGUUUCAAAAAAAUGCUACAAGAUGACGAUUCCAACGAUAGUGAAAAUGAAACUGCUGGUUUUUUGAAAGUCAAAGAGAAAACUUCGCAGGAAAAAGCGAAAGAAGAAGCUGAUUACAUCGAAUGGCUGAAAGGUCAAAAAACUGAAUUAGAAGAUAAAGAAACCGAAGGAGAUUUGAAAUAUUUACGUGAUUACUGGACAGAUCCAAAGCUAAACGAAGGAGAGCAAUUUUUGAGGGAUUAUAUUUUAAAUAAAAAAUAUUUAGAACCGGGUCAAGAAUCUGAAGCAGAGUCGGAACUUUCAUUUUCUGAAGAAGAAAAACAACUCGAAGAAUGCGACGAAUAUGAGCAAAAGUACAACUUCAGAUUUGAAGAACCAGAUCAGAACUUUAUUAAAACGUAUCCCAGAGUGAUAGAAAAUUCUUUACGAAGAAAAGAUGAAAAACGUAAAGAAAAAAGACAGGCGCUGAAAAAACGAAAAGAAGAGGAACUAGCCCAAAAAAGAUUGGAAGUUAAAAAACUAAAGAAGCAGAAAAAACAAGAAUUAUUAGAAAAAAUUAAAAAAUUGAAAGAAAUUACUGGGAAUGACGAAUUAGGGUUUAACGAUGAAGAACUACAAAAAGAUUUCAGUCCAGAUGAGUACGAUAAAACAAUGGGUAAAUUGUUCAAUGAAGAAUUUUACGAGUUGGACGAUAUGAACGACACAAAACCUCAGUUUUCCGAUUCCGAUUCGUAUGAUUACGAAGAUGAAGGUGAUGGAGAGGAAGAAAAUUUCAAUGAUGAUGAAGCACUUCCUGUAGAAGAUGACGCAGCUGCAAAUGAAGACGAAUCUCAGAAUGAUGAUUCAGAGAUAAUAAUGGACUGUGAUUAUGACCCUACCGCUGUAGAAGAAUCGAAAUUCAAAAGGCAAACUCGAUCAGCUCGUCGUAAAGGUCACAAAAAAUCCAAACUUAUGGAGGCUGUUCGUAAAGAAAAAGCUGUGUUCAAUGCGUCUGAAAAAUCAUUCGAGCAAUAUCUGGAUGAAUAUUAUGGUUUAGAUUUUGAAGACACUGUAGGAGAUAUGCCUUGUAGAUUCAAAUACCGGAAAGUUCCCGCCAAUAGUUUCGGUUUAUCUGUUGAAGAGAUUUUAGCUGCUGAUGAUAAAGAGUUGAAUAAAUGGGUUUCCAUGCAGAAAAUCGAUACCAUUCGACCGGAAAAUAUUGAAAAAUUCGAGCAGAAAGUAUAUUCUAAGAAAGCUCGUGAUGAAAAUUUGAAACGAAAACUUCUUCCAAGUCUUUUUACCGAAAAACCAGAAGAAGGUACUCAACAAGCAAACGCUAAUAAUGAAGAAGCUCCCAAGAAGAAGAAAAAGAAGAAAAGACGAUCGAAGAAAGUGAAAAUGGAUUCUAACAGCGAGGAUGUCGUUCAGUCAAAACAGUCCGAUGUUACCAAGCCGAGUGAGAAAAACGAUAAAAAAUUCAAUAGAAAACGUAAAGCAACCGACAAUGAGGACAAUAUUCCCAAAAAGAAAUCUUUCAAACAGGACAGUAAUGUUCCCACCAAGAAAUCUCCUAAAAAAGACAACAUCCCUAAAAAAUCUUUCCAACAAGGCAAUUCAAAAUCUAAUAGUGAAAAAAACAAAACCAAGUCGAAGGAUCAGAAGUUUAAAAAAGAUCGUAACGAUACUUGUGAAAUUUCUGACGAACGUUUAAAGGCGUAUGGAAUUAAUCCUAAAAAAUAUAAGAAUAAACUGAAGUACGCUCCUAAAUAAAUAUUUUUUUGUA